AAACACACCUUGCCACUCCAAACUUUCCACUAUCCUUCCAAUUCUCCCCUGUUUUCCUCUGUUCUCAAUUCUCCCCUGUUUUCCUCUGUUCUCAAUUCUCCCCUGUUUUUCCUGUUUUAACUCCCUGUUGUUUUCCAAUUCAAUUACAAAAAAUGGGAUCAACCUCAGCUGACAAAGCCCAAAUGGGAGAAGACGAGGCAUGCUCCUUCGCCAUGACGCUCACAAGCGGUUCGGUCCCUCCUAUGGUGCUAAAGGCAGUGAUUGAGCUUGAUGUGCUUGAGAUCAUUAAACGAGCCGGGCCGAAUGCACAACUCUCCCCUGCCGAGAUAGUAGCUCAAUUGCCCUCUAAGAACCCGGACGCUGCCACCAUGUUAGACCGAAUGCUCCGGCUUUUGGCCAGCUAUUCUAUCCUCUCUUACUCCCUUAGGACUUUGCCUGAUGGAAAGGUUGAAAGGCUUUAUGGACUUGCACCAGUUUGCCAGUUCUUGACCAAGAAUCAAGAUGGUGUUACCUUGGGUGCUCUGUCUCUUAUGAAUCAGGAUAAGAUUCUCAUGGAAAGCUGGUACCAUUUAAAGGAUGCGGUUCUAGAUGGUGGAAUUCCAUUUAACAAAGCCUAUGGUAUGACUGCAUUUGAGUACCAUGGGACAGAUCCUAGAUUCAACAAAGUUUUCAACAAUGGAAUGUCAAACCAUUCAACCAUCACCAUGAAAAGGAUCCUAGAUACUUACAAAGGAUUUGAGGGUCUCUCAACCUUAGUCGACGUCGGAGGUGGAACCGGUGCAACUCUUAACAUGAUCAUCUCAAAACACCCUACAAUAAAGGGCAUUAACUUCGAUUUGCCUCAUGUUAUCGAAGAUGCUCCGGCAUAUAAUGGAGUGGAGCACGUUGGAGGAGAUAUGUUCGAGAGCGUACCAAAAGGAGAUGCUAUUUUCAUGAAGUGGAUUUGCCACGAUUGGAGUGAUGAGCAUUGCCUAAAGUUCUUGAAGAAUUGCUAUGCUUCUUUACCAGACCAUGGCAAAGUGAUUGUUUGCGAGUACAUCCUUCCGGUGGCGCCGGAAACAAACCACGCAGCAAGGACUGUCUUUCACGUCGAUGCGAUUAUGUUGGCUCACAACCCUGGUGGGAAAGAAAGGACAGAGCAAGAGUUUGAGGGUUUGGCAAAAGGAGCUGGAUUUGAAGGUUUUAGAGUGGCAUGUUCAGCUUAUGAUACUAAGGUCAUUGAAUUUUACAAAAAAAAUGUCACUAAUUAAGCCUUUGUGUGACUCUACUCAGCUUAUGUAUGUGCCAUUGUGAUAUUGUAUACUUGAUUGUAUAAUCUGCUCAAAGAUGUUUCUAUCUUACUAAAUAAGGAUGCUUCAUUUUUUGUUC